UUCUAUAUCCUUUAGUUAAGUAGAUAACAAAUUACUUUAACAUGGACAUUUUUAUUGUUUUCCGUUGUGGAAAUAAAAUGAACAGAAAAUUUUCAUAGAAAAAUUUGAUAAAAUGUUUUGUGUUUGGUUAAAGUGAAAAAGUGUGGCGAUUCAGGCUAUAACAUGAAACGUGAAAACCAAAAUGGUGACGACGAUAACCAAAAUGAAGGAAAUAAUGGUUCUGGAGGAGGUGGAGGAGGCGGUAACAAUGGCGGCGGUCGCGGCAAUAAACGCUUCCGUGGAAAUGAUGAGACUAUCAGACUGUUGAUUCCAAGCCGCAUUGCCGGAGCUAUUAUCGGAAAAGGUGGACAGCACAUUAACCGCUUGCGUGCUCAGUAUAAAGCCACCAUUAAUGUAGAGGAUUGCCAAGGCCCCGAACGCACUGUUCAUGUGUCCGCUGAAUUUGACAAUGCCAUCAGUAUCGUGGAGGAAAUGCUGAAAAAUUUCGACGAGAAGGAAGACGAGUACGAUGUCCGUAUGCUGAUUCACCAAAGUCUUGCUGGAUGUGUCAUUGGAAAGGGUGGCAGUAAAAUCAAAGAAAUCCGUGACAAAAUCGGUUGCCGUAUUUUAAAAGUCUUCUCGAACGUCUGUCCCCAAAGUUCCGACCGUAUUGUACAGUGCGUGGGAAAAGCUGACCAGGCCGUCGAAUCCAUUCGUGAAAUACUUGAUUUGGUGAAAGAAGUACCAAUUAAGGGACCAGUUCAAAACUACGAUCCCAUCAAUUACGACGACUUGUUUGCCGAUAAGUACGGUGGAUUUGGUGACAACGGUGGACGUGGUGGCGGCGGUGGUGGCGGUGGAGGCAAUUUCCGAGAUGGUGGUGGUCGAUUCGAUCGCCGCGGAGGUGGAGAUGAUCGUGGCUUCGAUCGACGCGACGGUGGCAGACGCAAUGAUAGACGAGACAAUAAUGGUGGUGGUGGCGGCGGCGGCGGCGGUCCACGUGGAAUGAGAGAUCGCGAUUUUAUUGAUCCGUGGGCACCGAAUCAAGGACCAAUGGGCGGAAAUAACUUUGGUGGAGGAGGCGGAGGUGGAGGCGGAAACGGUUUUGGAAACAGUUUCGGUGGAAAUAUGGGAAUGGGAGGCGGUGGAGGCAUGGGAGGUGGAGGAAAUAUGAGUGGCAAUGGAAAUAUGGGCGGUGGUGGUGGAGGAGGAGGAGGAGGAAGUUUCGGCAACCAAGGCAACAUGGGACUUGGAAACAGUUUAGGAAACAAUGGUGGAAUGGGAAACAAUAUGGGAGGCGGACUUGGUGGAGGAUUUAACAGUGGAAUGGGCGGACCUGGCAACAAUAUGAGUGGAAACAUGGGCGGUGGUAAUAUGGGCCCAAACAAUGGUGGUGGAAAUUUCGGUGGUAACAAUUCAGGCGGCGGUGGUGGUGGUGUUGGUGGUGACGAUAAGAAUACCACUCAAGUUACCAUUCCCAAAGAUUUGGCCGGAGCUAUUAUCGGUAAGGCCGGUGGACGAAUCCGUCGCAUCCGAAUGGAAUCGAACGCUUUCAUUACAAUUGAUGAACCACUACCGGGAUCCACAGACCGCAUUAUUACAAUCACCGGUUCGCCAAAACAAAUUCAAAUGGCACAGUAUCUGUUGCAACAAAGUGUCCACGAACAUCGACGACAAUAUUAAUAGUUGUUGAUGCCACACACCCAGGACAUAUUUACGUAGAAUGUAAGAAUACAAAACAACAUCAAAAACAAACACGAAAUUCGUCACUUCUUCUCUGAAAUCUGGAACAUCAUUUCUUCAUUCCAAUAAUGUAAAGUUAUUCGCCUAUUUGACACCACAUACACACACACCGUAAAAACGAUCCCCAUAUUUACCAACCAUCACCAUUAUUGAUUGAAUCCCUUUUCUAUGAAAAAAAUAUCAAUUCAACGAACGGGCAUUUUAAGGAGCUGUUAAAAGAUUUAUAAGUAAAAUAUCCAAAACAAAACAAAGAAAUCAACAAAUUGAAAUUACAAAAAAUAUAAUUUGUAUAUAAAAUCAAUUUCCAACUUUUACAUUAAUGUAAUCCAGCAAACGCUAAACAAUAUUGCAAUUUUAGUGGGUAGUUUGUAUUGAAUGUCGUAAAUGAAAAAUAUGAUUUUUUUCUUUGAAUAUUAUUGGACGAUUUAACAAUUGCAAAAAAAGAAAGAAAAUAUUAAACAAAAACAAAACAAAAAACAAAUUACUAAUUUUCUUACUGAGGAUGAGAGUACAAAAAAAUGUAAAAAAAUG